AUGUCAUCUGCCGCGAAACGCCUCACCUCAAUCUUCAGCCUGUCCUCCGUGAAUCUGGCGGAGGCGGCCAAGCAGGAGCCGCCUGCCGCAGAGUCAGAGUCUGGUUCGAGAGGCAGACGCCGCUCCAUUUCCGCUAGGCUCAGCAGAUCUCAGAGCCGCGAUCGCUCGUCGUCAGCUCAGCCGCCUCUCCCGUCAGCAGAAGACCCGCCUGUGCCUCCCAUUCCCCAGGGUAUCGACCGCCAGUCUACAAUCCGCAGCUACACCGACGAUGGUGGCGACCUUCUUCCUCCUCCGCCCGUCCGCGUCGAUUCCGCCUCGCGCUCGUCCUCGAGGAACUCGUCGCGACCCGGCAGCGACUUCCGUCCAGGCAGCGUAGCCUCCCUCCGUCCCGAGUCCGCUUUGCUCCAGGUCACCGCAGACGGCCACCUGGAUCCCGGGAACGCCGCUCAGGCGAACAAGUUGAAGAGAAAAUCAUUUUUCGGAAGACAGAGAAAGAGCGAGGUCGAGCCGACGGGGCCGCAAGCCUGGGUCGUAGGCCACGAAGGCAAGCCUCCAUACAAUGUCGCCUUGCUCCAAGGCGGCGAGAAGGUGCCCGAGUUGUGGGAUGAGCAGGGAGACACAUACAUCUACGUCUACCCGCGGACAUCUGGCCGGGGCCCCAGUUUCAAGGUCGAUUCCACCAUCUACGCCUCGUCGACAGUCCUCACGCAGCUUGCCUAUGGCGGAAUUUACAGCAAUGCAGCCGUUAUGGGCGGCGAGCGGAGAGGGACCCUCGACACGCAGGUCCAGAACAUGGACAUCAACGGCCAGAGCUCAUCGCCGAUCUCGCCGAAUACCCCGCGCGCCUCGGACAUUGAGAGCGAAGAAGCCAGCUCCAAGGCCUCCAGGGAGCUGAUGAAUGACUCCCUCGAAUUGCCGAGUACCGAGAUCCACCUUUACCUCCCUCUGAAGCUCAGCAGCGAUGGCCAGGUUCCGUCGCCAGGUGGAACCCCGCCACCCAUGACCCCCGACGAUCUCGAGACCCUAGUCGCUACGCGAAACCUGUUUGCCUUUUUGGUCGGCCAGUCGUUGGUCGCAACCCCCUCACGCCAGUCCAUCUUUGCCAUUUUCAUACAAAUUUCUGAAAUGUUGAAGCACUACGAGUUCUCCAACCUGGAUGGGUCGACUUUCGGUGAGAUCGCCGCAUCCAGUUUCGACAGCUAUGUGGACGAGCUGCAUUUAGCCGACGUUAGGGCUAGCCGCGACAAGACCAUCGAAGGCAUCGUGCUGGGCGAGCGCAUGCGCUCUGUCAUGCUCUACAACGAGGCCUUUGUGCACGCUGUGGGCAAGUAUGAGCAGAUCAAGACCCUCGGAAACCCCAAGUUCGAAAUGAUUUCGCGGAACACUCGGGACCGCAUGGAGAGAGCUUCUAUGGACUUGGAGAUCCGAUUCAGGAACUUCACCACCAGGCUGGUCGAUUUCGACUUCCCUGGUGUCUUCUCUGGUAUCAUGAACAGCAAGACUUCGGAGGAGCGCAAAUAUAUCAGAUUCGAUGCUUGGCGCGCAGCCUUCAUGGCUACCCGGAAGCACAUGCUCAGCUACUACAAAUCCAAGUACGGCGCGUGGCCACCGAAGGCCAACUCGAAGAAGAACAGCCUAGAGACGGACGGCUUGAACAGAAUUGUCCUUCAGGAUCUUUACCACGAUUUCUCUUGCCUCUACGAUCUCCUUGUUGACCGCGAGAACCUGACGACCCGCACGAUGGACUCUCCCCCGACGGACGAAGAAGCAGGCGAGCCAAUGGUCCGCGCUCUGCGCUUGGUUCUCAGUGAAUACGAUCGCAGUGUGCCGCCUUUCCAGCCCCCUAUUCCAUUUGAUUGCCCCCUGCUACCCGACCUCCGCUUGACCCGUCCUGACUUCGGCACUGGAGACGAGAAGAAGGACACCAAGGCCCGGAAGAAGGAUCUCAAGGACGAUGAGCUUGCCCAACUGAUGAAGAAGACGCACAACGAGGAUGCUGACAUUUCCAACCCUUUCCUGGACUCUUUCCGUCACCUGGAGAAAUCGUCCAUGCACCGGAAGAACAUCGAGGAGAUUCGGGACCUCCGUAUUGGCCACUGGCUCUUCAUGUACGCCGUCAUGCAGUCGCUUCCCAUGCUUGUCAUCGACGCGCCCGGCGUCAAGUGGAACAAGGGUGUCGAGUACUUCCUGUGCGAGCCGCCGCGUUCCGGAGUACCGUGGGCCAAAGAUGUCCACAAUCAGGGCCGCGCGUGGUACGGCAUUGCGGGCGGCUCUGGUGUAGUGUCUCUGCCAUCCGAUCUGGUCGAGCACGGUGUCGAAGGUGUGUACCGCCGCAGCCACUGCUGGCAGAUGGCGGAGAAAUGGAGCAUGGACCAGCCCGGUAUGAUUGCCGGCGCGGUUCAAGAAGACAUCCACGAGCCUCUUCCGGAGCCGGGUGUGCCGAGACUCAGAGCGGGCUCGAGGGCCAGCAGUAUCGAUCGCCGAAGCCACGUGCGUGAGAGUGUGAUGCUCGGCCUGGAAGCCUUGCCGCUCCCCACGGGAGUGUCUCCGACGGGUGAGAUACCCCGUCCGGUUAGCAGCCACAGCAACGAUCCCACGAAGACAUUUGACGCGAUUAUCGGCGCGACGCCGACGAAGGGGAAGAAGAGGGAGAAGUCGAAGCUGGCGUCUUGA